AUGUCUGGAUCUGCUGGUUUCGACAGACACAUCACGAUUUUCUCGCCAGAAGGGCGCUUAUACCAAGUAGAAUAUGCGUUUAAAGCCAUCAAUUCGUCCAAUAUCACCUCCCUCGCGGUUUCGGGCAAGGACUCGGCCGUUUUGAUCUCACAGAAGAAGAUUCCAGACAAGUUGUUGGACCCCAAGACCGUAUCAUACCUCUUCAAAAUCACCCCCUCCAUCGGGUUACUUGUCACAGGCUCCAUUGCCGACGCCAGAUCGCAGGCAUUAAGAGCCAGAGCCGAAGCCACUGAGUUCAGAUACAAAUACGGAUACGAAAUGCCAGUGGAGAGUUUGGCCAAGAGAAUGGCCAACUUAUCACAGUUGUACACCCAGAGGGCAUACAUGAGACCACUCGGAGUGGCAUUGACGUUCUGCCAAGUGGAGACUGAAGACGAAAACAAAGGACCCCAAAUCUACAAGUGUGACCCAGCAGGCUACUACACGGGAGUCAAGGCUGUGGCCACCGGACCCAAGCAGCAAGAGGCCACCACAUACUUGGAAAAGAAGUUCAAAAAGACCGACUACGUCAAGGGCGACUGGAAGGCCACUGCGGAGUUUGCCAUCACUGCGUUGAGUUCGGUGUUGGGAACUGAUUUCAGAAAGAACGAUAUUGAAAUCGGUGUCGCUACCGAGGCUGGCUUCAGAAUCUUGACCCCAGAAGAGAUAGACGAGAGGUUAGUUUCUAUUGCCGAGCAAGAUUAG